AUGGCCACAAGGUGUCCCCUAACAUACCUCGUGAACGAUGUUCCACGCGGCGUAUCCCCGAUGGGCCUCAAUCUCUUUCUCGCCGCUCUCGUAAGUGGCUCAUCAACGACCGACUUUGAGGUUGGCCACUAUAUUGGAAAGAAUCCUGAAGGCUCCCGCUCUGGAGAUAUCGCUAGUUUCCUAGCACUCGUGGAGAGCACUGCCGUUACAGAAUCCCAACUUGACGACGAGCUCAGUGUCGCAACCAUCACAUUUAGAGAACCCCCGAAAUGGUUCAGGAGCCGCGAUUCCGACCCCUAUGGCUUCCCAAAGAAGACGAGGCUGGGUACUAUCUGGAAGGGGGUUGAUAUGACAGCAAAAGAUGACGAUGGGAGAACUGCGUUCAUCAGAGCGGUGAUAGACGGCAAUCUCAAGCUCGCUGAGACUCUAGCGGAGUAUGGAGAGACCGAUAUCAACGCCAAGGACAAUCAAGGCAUGACAGCUCUGCAUUGGGCUUGCAAGAACGGACUGGCGGACCUUACGGCAUUCUGUCUCUCACUUCCGGGAUUGGAUGUCAGCGUCAAGUCUACGGCCGGCCUGACAGCGUUCGAUGUAGCGUACCGCGAAGCCCUUUGGGAUGACAAUGAUGCCAUCCCGACCCUUUUCUACAAGAACAUGUUUGAAAUGGACGAUCCAUCGCGGAAUGGCAAUCUGCCUCUUGUGCAGGCUCUACUCCGAAACAUGAGCUUCACCAAGCCAAUCGUGUCCAACAAGUACAAGGAAACGGCACUACAUAUGGCAGCGGGAGGCGGUCAUACAGAAAUAGUGGUUCUGCUCGUGGGUCAGGCAGGUUUUGAGAUCAAUGCUGCUACCAAAGAUGGCUGCACGGCAUUGCACUACGCUGCCCGAGAAGGCUACACCCAGACUGUCAAGGAACUUGUAGAUCGCGGAGCCGGUCUAGACAUGGAGGACACCUGCGGAAAUACAGCACUAGAUCUUGCGGCGAAACACGAGCAUCAGUCAACUAUCCGUUUUUUGAUGGAAAGGGGUGCAGCCAUGAAGGCGAAUAGUAAUACGAACAUCACGGCUUCUCUCCAUUCUAAUUUACUGGCGCAUCUUGAGCAAGCUGGCGGCCACAAGGAGCAGAACACGAGCGAGCAGACAGCCAUCCAAGCGGGCAGCCAGAUAUUGUCCUUUAUGGAUGAUCAAAUGUCCCGAACAAUGAGCGGCCAGGGGGCGUCGGGUGUGGGCGGGCUGCAGAAGUCCAUUCAAACUAGCAGCCAGAUAACGCCCCAUACGAACGGACAGAUGUCCCAAGUUUCCGGCCAGAUGCAUAACCAAAAGAAUGACCAAAUUGUGCAAAUGGAGGUGGCGCUGAGAGUGAAAGAGCUACUGCGUGAUCAUGGAAACGAUGUCAAUAGCAGAGACGACCAAGGAAUGACACCAUUGCAUGUGGCUAUUUUCAGCCAUGAUCCAGAUGCUGUGAGGAUGUUGAUUGAUCGAGGGGCUGACAUCGAAGAGAGGUUCUUCACCUGGAGGUCGCCCCUCGAGAUCGCCGAAGAGAUGAACGACAAAGAAACCGUGGUACUCCUUGCGCAGAGUGGUGCCAAGUCCAGCGAGCAGAACGCGCGGGAGCGAGAGCCAAAGUUGAAAGCGCGGCAAAUUACUCUUGAGAGAAUGACUGAACAGGUCGUCUUCAAACCGCUGCUCCAGAUUGAGAGCGUUGCGCAAGUUGCGGUGGUUUCCAAAGCAGAAUUUAAGCCGGAUCACACGGACGACGACGUAAUGGAUAUGGAGAUACCGUUGGACCAGGAGUUUGCCUCAUCACCCACCAGUGAAACAUCCAAUGUGACUCCUCCAGAUAAUGACGGCCGCGAGGAGACACAAAGCCCAGAUCCCUACCAAGAGCAGGAGCGUACGAUCCACCAGCCUCUGUUCAUAGACAUAUCACGUAGUCAGACGCCGGAAAUCGCGUAUGACUAUGUCGAUAACACCCAGGAUUUGCAUGAAGUAGAAUACGAAGAACAUCACGAGGAAGAUUAUGGAUGGGCAAGCCCGGCACGGAGCAUGUCCCCUGAGCCCGAAGAUAACCAGGUAUUUCCCACACACACUCCCCUCAUCGUUAUUGGAAUCCAUUCUAACGCUUUUCGUUCAACCAAAAAAAGUACUCUGGGGGUUACGAUGAUGAUGAUGGAUAUGGUGGAGGAGGAGGAGGAGGAGGGGACGACGGCUAUGGGGACUGGUAGGCGGCGGUGUAAAUCUGAUAGGGUUUGUCCUCCUGCUAUCAUCGAAUGA